CACAGGCCUCUCCAGACCUCACGCAACCUUUGGAUUUGGCUUUUUCAGCGAAUAUUCACACAAGUCUCUGCGACAGCUGGAAGACAUAAAGAUGAAGGUACUGGUUAGAGUCGCUCUGCUCCUGCUGUGCUGUGUCAGUUGUGUAAAAGCGGUCACCGUGGAGUCCUGUCCGCUGGCCGUCGGGAGUUUGCUCCAGACAGCGGUUGAGGAAACCGUCACUCUCACUUGUAUGACUGAUAAUACUGACCCAUCAAGCCAACAAGAGCUGCAGUGGUUCCGCAACGGUGCCCGUGUGAAACUGCCAGAAGAAAACAUGAUGUCCCGGAGCAGUCUUUGUGUCCAGCCUGUCACUAAAGAAGACGACGGAGCCGUCUUUACCUGUCAGCUGAAGGGCGAUGCCAGCGUCAACAGCACAGUCGAGUUUGACGUCCUUUAUCCCCCAGACCUUAAUGACACUACAGAAGUGUUUGUUCAGGAAACAAAUGACGCUGUUCUGUCCUGUGAAGUACGUGCCAACCCUCCAGUAACUGUGGUUUGGAAAAAGGAUGGCGAGGUUCUAGAUCUGACCACCGGUAGUUACAAAUCAACCAAUAACGGCAUCACCGCUCAGUUGACAAUCCCAAAACUUAAGCGUGAUGUACAUCAGGGGUUGUACGUCUGUGAGACAAAAUCAGCUAUGUAUGGAGUUACUGGCAGAACUUUUCAAGUUACGGUUGAAGAUAGAGUGAUUGGGUUCCCUCUGGGACCCACAAUUGCUGGAGUAGUGGUGGUUGCAUGCACAAUUGUAUUAGCGCUCAUCUCUAGAAGAAAUAAAAUUAUGAAGUGCUUAAAACGAAAUUGAACGUACAAUGGAAAAGCAUCUCUGGAAUUCAAACCACAGUUAUCUGAAGCAUUGAGCACUGAGGAGAUCAGACUGGAAUGCAAGUAGCCGUUACUGUGGAAAAUGGGAAACCAGGACAAAAUCCCUCUUAAAUAGGAAUUGCUAAUUCAAAAACAAACAUCCUAUUCGUUUUGUAAUUGUUAAAUUAUGAAGUACAACUGUUUACAUAAUUUUUAGAUGAUUGUGUGUCUUGUUUAUUGCUUUUGUCUUAUUAUAUAUGUAUUUGUGUGUGCGUGUUUGCUUGUAAGUGCAUGUGUGUGCGUGCAUGCGUGUGUGUGUGUGGGUUUUUGAGCCACUCCAAUAAUGCACGUGUUGUAGAGACAGUAAAAUAAA